CUUUUUCGCGCUCAACUCAAGUUCCCUCCUAGAAUUGACAAAACUUGCGGCACGUUGCCAGCGAUUAUUGACUCAUCUGCUUCCAACAACCAGCAAGACCUUAUAAGCUCAAUGACUCGGGAACUUAAUGGGAAUACUUGGCAGCUUCCGGACGACAGAGUUGCACGCAUGUUGGGUAAAAAGUCGAGGUACUCGGACAGAUUAAUACAGGGGGUAAUGGAGCAAAAUGGUUGGACGGAGGGUAUGUCAUCCAAGGUCGACAGGCUGGAAUUCUACGCCUGCGCAAGUGACACCGAUGCCUUCCAAACGGCCCUCUCCCAAUGCUGCCAAGAUCCCGAGCCGGCUUGUGAAUCCAUUUUACAAGAGUUGUUGGAAGCAACGGGGGAAGCAGAAGGUCUCGUCCACUACACUGCCCUCAGCAAAUUCCUCAACCUCUGCCUACAACUUGCGCGCGAAUUUUGGCCGGGAUUCGAAUCCUCUUCAUAUGCGAAACUCAUGUUCCUUGUCUAUAAUCGACCAACUGCAGACGGUAUUUCCGGUGCCACGCCGCUGAAACCAGAUGUUGCCGGUGUUAACUCGACCACUCCCCAUGAUGAAGAGACCCUGCAGGUUUCCGUCGACACAAAACUGUUCUGGAGUAAACAGGAGGAGCAAGACAUCCUGAUCGAUAUUCCUGUUGAAGUCAAGGCCACUUGGCCAGCGCUGGUGCUCAAAGCUGUCGCUUACUCCCGAGCGGUAUUUGCAGCUUCGCCCUUUCGUAGAUCGGCUCUUGUACUUGGGUUCAACCAGAGCACAUUGGAACUGCGUUUCCUCAUCUUCCACCGCGGUGGUCUCACCUCUUCUCGUGCCCUCAAAUUGCGAGAACGAUCUGGCCGAGAAGCUUGCAUGCGUUUUAUGCUUGCGCUCAGUACCUGCGAGACACAUCGCGACAUAGGACUGCCCUCGUGGUUCAACGGGGCCUCCUUCAAAUUACCUAUCACAAUCGACAGCAAUAACAACGCCACACGAUUCGUCGAUGCCGUCGUCGAAAAAAUGUUACAUGCUGACGUUCGUUCUCGCGGACGAGCUACUCAUGUUUUCGGAUUAUCUUAUACCUGUUCACUGACUCCUUCUACCGUUAAUCUCCCACCUUCAACCAUUAAAUCAAAACUGCCUCUAAUCGACUCCGACAGCGGUUCCUUAUCGUCAAGUGCGGAAACAUGGUCAAAUCAUCAAGAAAAAGUCAAGAGAGAAAAAGUUGUGUCUGUGAAUGAUCAGAUUCGCCACGACCUUGCCAGUCAUCCUCUUGGGCCAUUCAAGUUCUGCGACGUGGCAUUUUCCGGCGGUCUUGUCGAUAACGAGCAGAUACAAUAUGUUGUGCUCAAAGGAAGUUUCGUUAAGGAUGACCCAAGACAUAAGUCAAUCGAGGACCAACUUCUGAAAACGUGCAGCUCUUUGUUUGGCUGCCCCAACCAUCACUAUUCGUUCCUCCCAGUCGAUGAAGAUGGGUCCCCCGCUACAAACCAUCUCUAUCUGCCCACCCCCGAAGAAGUGUUGAAUGACAAGGCCCAGUUUCAUUGGAAGAUAUUCGACCAGGAGCCCCCCGACCAACCCGAAUUCCGCAGCGUCUCUUUGCACAUCUCCUCUCUGGUUGGCUCAUCACUUGUGCUUUGCGAAACACCCUGGCUGCUUGCCAUGUCAGUCCUGCAUGGAAUGCUGGGGUGGCUAGGAAUGUUCCAAUUGGGUUUCCUCCACCGCGAUCCAAGCAUGGGCAACAUACUCCGCUUGCAAAAGGCAGCUAAAAUGGCGCCAUUCAAGCUAGACCACACGCUUGUCGAGUUCAACUCUGCAGACAAUGGUCUUGCUGAAAUGAUCGACCAGCUUACCUUGGGAGGAAAGAACAAGCCAAUCAUCGAUCUAAACUAUGCUAUGCACUCCCGUCGCAUCACACAACUGCUGGGGACGUUGGACGUGGAAUCUGAGGUACUGGGCUUUAUUAUUGACGGUGACAAUGCUGUCAAAUGGCACGAGUUUGGUUCUCCUCGUAAUGCAACCCGCUCGGGAACGUUCGAGUUCAUGUCGAUGGCUUUACGGCAAACUUUGGAGUCAGACACAGACCAUCUACAUUCGCCUGUGGACGACCUCCACGCCCAAUUUUACGUCACCCAGUGGGCGGCCGCCUACCAUCGUGAUGCUGAUGCGCCGUCACGACCAGAGCUCCGAGAGAAAUCAAGAUAUGCCGAUGCGCUCCGCCAGAAAUUAACAAGAGACAGAGAGACAGCGACAAACACGAUCGCCCAACUGAGCAGUGACGAUGAUCGAGACUUGGAGCGUUAUGGGAGAUUCCUAUGCGACUGUGCACCCCUCCUCGCACGCUGGAAUGCCAAGUUGUCGGAUUUAAGGAGAACGUACAAAGCUACACGGAUCAAAAUCUACAAACUGUUCGACGAGGACAAGGACAAGGACAAACAGGAGAAACUGAUGCGGUUGUUGUUUAUGACUUUCGCUUAUUGUGGGGUUGCUGACUUCAUGGAAGUGUUGGCAGAGUGGGGAAGUUACAUGGGUCUUAUGAUUCCUAGUUCUGGCGCGUAA